CAGGUGCGUUCACGUUGAAAUAUACUCGCAAAAUUGUAAUUUAUAACACGAAACUCGUCCUUCGCUACCGAUUUUGCUUCGAGACAUCAGGUAUCGAUCGUUUUGCACGAACUGUGCGCCAAAAAAUCAGUUCCGGAGGAAACCUAACCUAAAAUAGUUGGGGUUAUGUCUGUCAACAUUGAUGCUUCAUGAAUUGAAAUGAAUAUAUCUUUCUGACGGACUCGUGUAGAUUUCGCUAAAAACUCUUCGAAGAUUCUGCGAUAAAUACUCGUGCAGUGAGUCUACUGAAGAUUAAGAUUGCAAGCGUGAGCAAGCAUGCCGACUUGGAACCAGAUUCAGACGCAGCUACGAAAUCCCAACAAUCCGGUGGUGUUCUUCGACGUGUCCGUGGGCACCACGGAGAUAGGUCGCAUGAUCUUCGAGCUGUUCGAGGAUGUCUGCCCGAAAACGUCGGAGAACUUCCGGCAAUUUUGCACCGGGGAAUACAGAAAGGACGGUGUGCCGCUUGGCUUCAAAGGUGCCAUCUUUCACAGAGUGAUCAAGGACUUUAUGAUACAAGGCGGCGACUUUGUCAACGGUGACGGCACCGGAGUGUUGAGCAUCUACAGUGGUGGAACGUUCCCGGACGAGAAUUUCACUAUGAAGCAUGACUCUCCUGGUCUGUUGUCAAUGGCAAACAGUGGCAAGGACACCAACGGCUGUCAAUUCUUCAUCACGUGCGCCAAGUGUAACUUUUUGGACGGCAAACAUGUUGUCUUUGGUAGAGUUAUCGAUGGUCUUCUUGUCAUGAGGAAAGUAGAGAACGUUCCUACCGGACCGAACAAUAAGCCAAAGAUUCCUGUGACGAUAUCUCAAUGUGGACAGAUGUAGUGGCAACUAUAUAGGUUGUAUAGACCUAUGUGUAUGAAUUGAUAGUUAUAACAUAGUUGUAUCAAUUUUUUUACAAAAUAUAAUAAAAGUAAUUUUUGUAAUAUACAAAAAUUGCUGUUAUUUGAUUAUGUAUAAAAAUAAGAUAAGAGUGAGAUAAAGAAGGAGAAUAAUGCAUAAAUAUAUAAUCACAAAAUUAAG